CCUUGUCUCUCCCUAACAGGGAAUAAAUUUGAAAAAGAUAUGGAGAAGGUGAUGAACAUUUUGAAGCCAAAGCCAAACCCACAGCAACAAUUGAGAGAUUGGCAGCGUAGACUCUGCCAAGAGUGCCGCAAUAUUGAACGUCAGAUUCGAGAUAUACAAAGAGAAGAGAAAAGUGUGCAGAAAGCCAUUAGAGAAGCUGCCAAGAGGAAUGACAUGGUCUCUGCUAAGGCACUUGCAAAAGAAAUUGUUAGAUCAAGAAAAACAGUGACCCAUCUUUAUGAAAAUAAGGCACAACUCAAUUCAAUAUCAAUGCACCUUGGGGAAAGUGUUGCUAUUGCCCGUACUGUGGGGCAUUUAUCUAAGAGUGCAGAUGUUAUGAAGCUUGUCAAUAAUCUCAUGAAAGCUCCAGAGGUGGCUACAACAAUGCAAGAGUUCAACAAAGAAAUGACCAAGGCAGGGGUGAUUGAGGAGAUUGUAAAUGAUGCUGUUGACUCAGCACUAGACUCUGAGGAUAUGGAAGAGGAGAUAGAAGAAGAGGUUGAUAAGGUUUUGACUGCCAUUGCUGGUGAGACUGCCGCAGAGCUUCCUGAAGCUAUCAGGAAGGAGAUAAUAAAACAACCUGCUCAGACAUCAGAAAAUGGACAGGAGGAGGAAGCAAUACCCGAGGGUGUUGAUGAUGAGGAAGAAUUGGAAGAAAUAAGAGCUCGACUGGCCAAAGUACGGUCAUAAGUCAGAGAUCAAGCCUACCAUAACGUUAUGGGAGAAGUUGGGCAGUGCGUUUGCAUGUGGCCUCUUGAACAGAUUGAGAUUGCGGCGCCUCUGGCCUAAUUAUCACUAACAAAGAGAACUUCGAGGAAGCACCCACUAUAUAUUAGAAAGCAAUG